AAGACAAAAAUGAAAAUUUUCACAAAUGUGAUUUAUAGAUUACAAUUUUAAUUGUAAUUGCUUUGUAUAAUUGUAUAUUUAUUAUUUGUAUCUUACAUCAAUCAAUAUGUCAACUAGAAGCCAAAACACAACGGAUUUUUCAGAGGAAGUACAACGGCACUCUGUACAUACAUUAGUUUUUAGGUCACUUAAAAGGACUCAUGACAUGUUUUUAUCAUGUCAAGGGAUGUUACCACCCAUAGAUGAAGAAGCGGAGAAGAUAAAAAAACUUGUUAAGGCUCGAGAUUGUUAUGGUCUUGUUUUUGACAAAGUGGAACGCAAUAAGAUAAACAUGAAGAAAUCUCAACCAAAUCACCCUAAAUCAGAUAGCAUUGAUAUCUAUAAAGAUAAUCACCUUCCAUUAGCCAUAACUGAUAAUCCUGAGAAAGUAAUUAAAAACACUGAGACUAGUAUGGUGUUAUCGAGUCCAAGUACACAAAACAUAGCUGCAGCUAAUCGACUGAUUAAUCAUAUUAUGCCAAAACCAAAAUGGCAUCCUCCAUGGAAGUUAUACAGAGUGAUAUCUGGACAUUUGGGUUGGGUGCGAUGUGUUACUGUUGAACCUGGCAAUGAGUGGUUUGCUACUGGUGCUGCUGAUCGAGUUAUUAAAAUUUGGGAUUUAGCUACUGGUAAAUUAAAACUUUCCUUAACUGGACAUGUGAGUACUGUGCGAGGUUUACAAGUAAGUCCUAGGCACCCUUAUUUAUUCAGUUGUGGUGAAGAUAGGCAAGUAAAAUGUUGGGAUUUGGAACAUAAUAAAGUAGUUCGACAUUAUCAUGGACAUUUAAGUGCAGUAUAUAGUCUUGCAUUACAUCCAACAAUUGACGUAUUAUUAACUGCUGGACGAGAUUCAACAGCUCGAGUAUGGGACAUGCGUACAAAAGCUAAUGUUCAUACACUUACUGGACAUACAAAUACAGUUGCUAGUGUUGUUGCACAUGAAUUUGAACCUCAAGUAUUGACUGGAUCUCAUGACUGCACAAUUAGACUAUGGGAUUUAGCUGCUGGAAAAACUCGUGCAACUCUUACUAAUCACAAAAAAAGUGUGAGGUCACUUGUUUUACAUCCAAAAGUGUACAUGUUUGCCAGCGCAAGUCCUGAUAAUAUAAAACAAUGGACAUGCCCUGACGGGAAAUUUAUACAAAAUCUUACGGGUCAUAAUGCUAUAGUUAACUGUAUGGCUGUGAAUUCUGAUGGAGUAUUGAUGUCUGGAGCAAAUAAUGGUUCAAUGUAUGCUUGGGAUUGGAGAACUGGUUAUAAUUUUCAAAGAAUGCAGGCUCCUGUACAACCUGGAUCAAUGGAUAGUGAAGCUGGAGUAUUUGCUAUGGCAUUUGAUAACAGUGGUACUAGACUUAUUACAGCUGAAGCAGAUAAAACUAUAAAACUUUAUCGAGAAGAUGAUACAGCUACUGAAGAAAGCCAUCCUAUUAAUUGGAAACCAGAUAUAAUUCGAAGAAGGAAAUAUUAAUAUUUUUAUAAGAAAUUAUUGACACUAAUAAAUGAAUAAUUUUUAAGUAAUAUUA